AUGGCGGGAGGGCAGCUCAAGGUGCUGACGACGCUGGACCAUGCGAAGACGCAGUGGUACCACUUCAUGGCGAUCGUGAUCGCCGGCAUGGGGUUCUUCACCGACGCGUACGACCUCUUCUGCAUCUCCCUCGUCUCCAAGCUGCUCGGCCGCCUCUACUACACCGACCUCUCCAAGGACACCCCCGGCAGCCUGCCGCCCAACGUCGCGGCGGCAGUGAACGGCGUGGCGCUGUGCGGCACGCUCGCCGGGCAGCUCUUCUUCGGGUGGCUCGGCGACAAGCUCGGGCGGAAGAGCGUGUACGGCUUCACGCUCAUCCUCAUGGUGGUGUGCUCCGUCGCGUCGGGGCUCUCGUUCGGGCACACGGCGAAGGGGGUCAUCUCGGCGCUCUGCUUCUUCCGCUUCUGGCUCGGGUUCGGCAUCGGCGGCGACUACCCGCUGUCGGCGACCAUCAUGUCGGAGUACGCGAACAAGAGGACCCGGGGCGCGUUCAUCGCCGCCGUGUUCGCCAUGCAGGGGUUCGGCAUCCUCUUCGGCGCCAUCGUGGCGCUCGUCGUCUCGGCGGGGUUCCGGAACGCGUACCCGGCGCCGUCGUACGCCGACAACCGAGCGGCGUCGCUGGUGCCGGAGGCGGACUACGUGUGGCGGAUCAUCCUCAUGUUCGGCACCAUCCCGGCGGCGCUCACCUACUACUGGCGCAUGAAGAUGCCGGAGACGGCGAGGUACACCGCGCUCGUCGCGCGCAACGCCAAGAAGGCGGCGGCCGACAUGUCCAAGGUGCUCCACGCGGACAUCGAGGAGGACGACGCAGCGGCGGCGGCGGUGGCGGCGGCGGACCGUGCCGGAGGCGACGUCGCAGCCGCUGGAGCUGGCAACGAGUGGGGGCUCUUCUCGGCGCAGUUCAUGCGGCGGCACGGGAUCCACCUGGUGGCGACGACGAGCACGUGGUUCCUGCUCGACAUAGCCUUCUACAGCCAGAACCUGUUCCAGAAGGACAUCUUCUCCAAGGUCGGGUGGAUCCCGCCGGCGAAGACGAUGAACGCCGUCGAGGAGGUGUUCCGCAUCGCGCGCGCGCAGGCGCUCAUCGCGCUGUGCGGCACCAUCCCGGGCUACUGGUUCACCGUCGCCUUCAUCGACAUCGUCGGCCGCUUCGCCAUCCAGCUGAUGGGCUUCUUCAUGAUGACCGUCUUCAUGCUCGGCCUCGCCGUGCCGUACCACCACUGGACCACCAAGGGCAACCACACCGGCUUCGUCGUCAUGUACGGCUUCACCUUCUUCUUCGCCAACUUCGGGCCCAACGCCACCACCUUCAUCGUGCCGGCCGAGAUCUUCCCGGCGCGGCUGCGCUCCACCUGCCACGGCAUAUCCGCCGCCGCCGGCAAGGCCGGCGCCAUCAUCGGCGCGUUCGGGUUCCUCUACGCCGCCCAGGACCCGCACAAGCCGGAGUCCGGUUACAAGCCCGGCAUUGGCAUCCGCAACGCGCUGUUCGUGCUCGCCGGCACCAACUUCCUCGGCAUGCUCAUGACCCUGCUCGUGCCGGAGUCGAAGGGCAUGUCGCUGGAGGAGGUCUCCAAGGAGACCGUCGUCGACAACGACGAGGCGAUGGCUUAG